AUGCCCCUUCACCCCUCACCUUGCGGGCGCUCCUCAGAAGAACGAACAGCGUUGCCACCACAUCUCCUGACAUGCGCACCCGCUCCUACCCAGCUACCCCUUCACCCACUGCUACCCAGCUACCCCUUCACCCACUCCUACCCAGCUACCCCUUCACCCACUCCUACCCAGCUACCCCUUCACCCACUCCUACCCAGCUACCCCUUCACCCACUCCUACCCAGCUACCCCUUCACCCACUCCUACCCAGCUACCCCUUCACCCACUCCUACCCAGCUACCCCUUCACCCACUCCUACCCAGCUACCCCUUCACCCACUCCUACCCAGCUACCCCUUCACCCACUCCUACCCAGCUACCCCUUCACCCACUCCUACCCAGCUACCCCUUCACCCACUCCUACCUAUCUACCCCUUCACCCCUCACCUGCGGCUGCUGAGUCGCGUUUCUACCCCUUCACCCACUCCUACCCAGCUACCCCUUCACCCACUCCUACCCAGCUACCCCUUCACCCACUCCUACCCAGCUACCCCUUCACCCACUCCUACCCAGCUACCCCUUCACCCACUCCUACCCAGCUUCCCCUUCACCCACUCCUACCCAGCUACCCCUUCACCCACUCCUACCCAGCUACCCCUUCACCCACUCCUACCUAG